UGUAAAGAGGUUUAAGACAAACUGAACUUAUUACAAAGAGUUCGUACUGAGGGAUUUCACCUGUCGUCUCUACUGAAUCCCAACUGGACAGGAACCUCAUUGCUCACAAUAUCACUCACCACAAAGCAAGAUCUCUCACCAAGUGCAAGAUUCUGAACACCAGAGAGCUGCAGAGAAAAGAACAAUCUGCUCUUUAAGAUAACAAUUAAUUCCUUUGCUUGAACACAAGAGAACAUUCUAUCAUGAAUAACUAUUGCAUAGUGAAACAAAUAAUCUUCCUAUUAAUAUUAAUACAGAUUGCACCUCCAUUAUCUGCCUUCGGAUAUGCAAAAUGUUUUUUGGCCUUUGAGAACCCACAAUAUGCAAACUGCAUAGGACAAAGGGUUGUAAAUUUGAUCAAAGCUGUUCAACAUCUCCCCAAUACAACACAAUGGCUAAAUGUAUCACAAAAUGAAAUAGUUGUUGUAGAACAAAAUACUUUUUUCCAUUUGCCCAAUCUUCUACAGCUUCAGUUAAACAGAAACCGAAUCCAAACAGUUCAGUCAGGGGCAUUCCAGAAUUUAAAGAAUCUUCUUUUUCUGGACCUAAGUUACAAUUCCAUAGAAAGUUUGGACAAUUGGGACAUGAAUGAUUUGACAGAACUGAGGAUUCUCAAAAUUGGUCAAAACAAGAUAAGAACAAUACAAAGCACGAGUUUGACAGUGUUGUAUCAUUUACAAGAACUUGACUUGUCUUUUAAUAAUAUUACUAAACUAACAAAUGUAGCAGAAGCUGUAAACAAUUUAGCUGAGAUCUCCACACUGAACCUGAGCUCGAAUUUUUUGGCCAGUUUAUCUACGGCUCAGACAUUCAUAUCAAUGCACUCAUUAAACAUUUUAGAUUUAAGCAAUAAUACAAUUAAUGUAUUUGACCUCAGUUAUUUGUAUAUGCCCAAUCUGACUUCUCUGAAGGUCAUACAAAAUAAUAUGAGUGCUAUCAAUGUUAGCUCCUUUUCAAAUGUACCAGAGUUAACUAAAAUAAUGUUUGAUGAAAACCCAUUGAACAUUUCUUCCCUUCUGGGAAUCCAUCUACCUAAUCUGAGGGAACUGCACUGGUCCAGCAUGAGACCCGCACUUGAUGAUUACUUGUCGAUUCCAUGUCAGGUUUUCCAGUCUUUACCAAAAUUACAGGUAUUGUACAUAAUGCACUCAAAGAUUUCACAUCAAAACAUUCGGAAAAUUGGCGAGUGCACCAAUCUAACAUCACUUGUUCUUUCAACAACUGCUCUUAAGACACUGACAAUUGGAGACUUUCAGAACUUUACAAAGAUUCAGGUUCUGUAUCUUAACAAGUGUAAAAUAGUUGAAAUUCAGAAAAGCGCAUGGUUUGGUCUUAAAACUCUCAAUACCUUGAUCCUAGAGAGAAACAUGCUUAAACAUUUAAAAGACAAAUUAUUUAGUUCUCUAAAUGGUCUUCAAUACUUGGACCUCUCAAAAAAUUAUUUGACGCUUCUUAAUAAUAAAGCAUUUAUUGGCUUACCCUAUCUUAAAACCCUUAUUCUGAGAGGAUGCAAAAUAGCGGCCAUUAAUGCUUAUGACUUCACCUAUUUAUAUAAACUAAAGUUUCUAGACCUCCAGGAUAACAGCAUAUCAAAAAUUAAGCUUAAGGCUUUUUACAAUCUCCGCAAACUUGAAACGCUUUUAUUGUCAGGAAACCAAAUACAGUCAAUACGGAGUAACAGUCUUGGGGACCUUAAAUCAUUGAAAAUGCUUGCAUUAGAUAAGAAUAGAAUUUAUAAAAUUUCAGAUGUCACUUUUAAAUCUUUCCACACUCUCAUCAGUCUUAAUAUCAGUCGAAAUGAGAUGAGUUUCAAUAAAAAAGAAACUCAAAGUCCCUUUAAGAAUCUCAAGAAUCUUGAAUCCUUAGAUAUGAGCUACCAAACCCAGCGCUAUAAAGAUGCUGUUUCAGAAACACUUUAUGAAGGCCUGUGUUCCCUUAAAAAGCUGUAUGUUGGAGGUAUUUCAAGUUCCUUUUUCAAAGAUGUAUCUUUUUCACAUUUGCUGAAUUUGACAGACUUUGAUAUGUCUGGGACCUUCCAUGGAGCCGAUAUGAAUUCCCUGUUGGAAUUAAUCAGAAAAUGUAGUCAAGUGAGAUAUCUUCACCUUGACUCCAACCAAAUCACAAAUCUCCCUGAAGAUACGUUUGUGAAGUUUACCUCGCUGGAAAACCUUUCUCUGAAAUACAACAAACUUAGAAACAUUAGUAAAAAUCUGGUAAAACCUUUGUCUAAUUUAAGGAAUUUGGAUCUGUAUAUGAAUCCUCUCUUAUGUUCUUGUGACAAUUACUGGUUCCAGAACUGGUCUGAAGUGAACACUCAGGUGCAGAUACCAUUUUUACAAUCAUACAGUUGUUUUGGUCAAGUAGCCCAUGAAAUUAAAUUCCUCGAAUGGGAUUCAGGUUUUUGUGGGAAUGACAUAUCUAUUUUAUUUUUCAUUGCUACAUUUGUUUUAACAUUACUGUUCUUGGUUACAACUCUUGUCGUGGUUAAACUAAAGUGGUCCAUACUUUACUUCUACCACAUGGUAAAAGUUUGGCUUCAAUGGAGAAUACAAAGGGAAAAAAGACUCUUCAUGUAUGAUGCAUAUAUCUCCUACUGCUCAGAUGACGAAGACUGGGUCAUUAAAGAACUAUUGUUCAAUUUGGAAAGAGAAGGACAACGCAAGUAUAAGCUUUGCUUCAAACCACGGGAUUUCAUGCCAGGAUCCUACCAUAUUGAUAAUAUCCAGGAUGCCAUUCACAACAGUCGCAAGACUCUGUGUGUAGUCAGUAGAGGCUAUUUGGAAAGCCAGUGGUGCAAAAUCGAAGCUGAGAUUGCAUGUUCAAGAGUCUUUUAUGAAAAGGAGGAUGUAUUGCUCGUGGUAUUUUUGGAAGAAAUACCAGACUUCAGACUUUCUGCUUAUCACAAAUUACGGAAGCUGAUAAAGCAGAAUACAUACAUUAACUGGCCUGAAGACCCCGAGGGCAAUGAAUUCUUCUGGUUCAAGCUUCGGAAAGCAUUAGAUUCCGGUGCAUAUGAGGAGGACACAGUACAACUAGCUGUGGCUCAAUGACAACAUGGAGGGAAUGUAUUGUACAAAUGUAUUUUAUUUCCAGGAUCAGAAAUGAUGUCUAAAUCACAAGUAGUCUGACAAAUACGAUGUAUAUAUCUACACACGCAUUUAUCUAGACCAGUGUUUCCCAACCUUUUUCGGGUCAUGGCAGACCCCAGAAAAAACAUUUCCGCGGGGCACACCAAACAAAAAAAUCAUGAAAAACACCUCUAAAAAAGCCAAUUUGAGUAGUAUAAAGCUAACGUAAGCAGUAUGCAGUAUACCUAUAUCAUUAGUAGCAUUGUAGCAUUUAAAAUGAGAAAAAAAGCUUACCUUUGUGGUGGUCAAAAAUUUCUGGCCCAAGUUGGUUGCUCUCCCCCAGGCCCAUCAUCAUCAUCAUCAUCACCAUCACCAUCACCAUUAUUCCCUUUCCCCUAGGCCCAUCAUCAUCAUCCUCAUCCUCAUCACCAUCACCAUUAUUCCCUCUCCCCUAGGCCCAUCAUCAUCAUCAUCAGUAUCACAGGCACCAUUCCCUCCCAAUCAUCAUCCCCACCACCAUUAUUUCCUCUCCCCAGGGACCAUAAUCAUCAUCAUCAGUAUCACAAGCACCAUUAACUGCCCCCAAACAUCAUCAUCAUCACCAUUCCCUCUCCCCCAGGCCCAUGGCAAAUCCACUCACCCAUCCUCCCUCCCUCCUUCCUAUCAUUGUGUGACUCACAAUGUGUGACGAGCGUUGUGGACGGGCGUCGUGAACGGCGGGCGAGCCUUGUGAACGGCGGGUGGGCGGUCACACGGCAGCUGCUGCUGCUCCUCUACGGCUGGAAGCGCCCUGCGUCAUGGGCGGGACAGCCACAGGUGACGCAAUGCUCCUGGCCUUGCGAUCCCAGCAAAUCUGCAAGUAGAAUUAGGGAGUGGGGGGAAGGGGGGAGAGGGGGUUGGGGACGAUUUGGUGCCAGAGGAGGGGGAAAAAAUGCCCGCCAUGAUCGCCAGACAAAAAAGAUAAAAAAUAAAAAUCGCGGCCAAAAUCACGGGGCACACCGGCCGGUGCCGAAAGGCACCGCGGUUGGAAAUCACUGAUCUAGACAACAUGGAUCAAAAGUGUCUAUCAAAAUACAGAAGAAAUAAUAAAAUGCUGUAGAUCUUUAUUUGAUAUAAUAACUAUAUAAUAACUGUAUAAAAAGUGUCAAAUGUUCUAAUAUUCUUUGUGUGUUAAUUCAUUGGCCUUUUUA